GCGGCGCUAACGAGCACUAACGAGCCGCACUGAAGCCUGAGUAAGACGCAGUGCAUUGUGGGGUUGUGCGCAGUGGUUAUGGAGGAUGUUAAUGCAUGCUAGAAGAAUCAGAAGAGAAGAAACUUCAUAACACCUGCAGGAGAAUUUCACAAGAAUGUUCCUGACCCUGGCCCUGCUGCGGAAGGGAAUCCCGGGCCGGCAGUGGAUUGGGAAAUGGCGCAGGCCACGCCCAGUCACCUGGCAGAUGAAGCGGAACAUGGUAGAGCGACUGGAGCGCGAGGCUCGGAAUGAGUACUGGUUAAGUCGACCUUACCUGAGCCUGGAGCAAGAGAAAGGCCACGCCCACGCUCGCCGCACACACACCUGGGAGACUCUCCGCCGUGCCCGCCAGUCCGGCUUCCCCCAACACACCUCCAUAACUGACCACCUGCAGCACCUGAAUAUUACCCGCACCUGGAGCUAACACACACCUCCGAGUGUUUCCUAAAUAAAUUGCUGCUUAUUGCUA